GCUGGGGCUGGGGGUUCCUGUUGAAGCUAAAAUCCCCAUCUUCUUGCCCAGGGCUUCCUCUUUACAUCCUCCCUUCCUCCUUGGGAUAUAGAAAAGAAGCUCUCUCCAACUUGGGUGACAGGAUCUGCCAUGCCUGCAUCUCCAAUCACAACUUCCUUGAGCACUGGCAAUUGUUUUUCCAAUGGGUGCAUCACCUGCGGUCCUGAAAUGACAGGACGCUGCUUUGGCCCCAGCAUCUGCUGCGGAGAAGAAUUUGGCUGCCUCUUUGACACCCCAGAAACAGCACGCUGCCUGGAGGAAAAUGACCUGCCUGACCCCUGCGCGUCCGGCUGGAAGUGGUGCGGUGAUGAAGGGAGAUGUGCAGUCCAAGGCACAUGCUGCGGUCUCGAGAGCUGCACCGAUGAUGCAGAGUGCGUGCGUCCCUGAAGCCAAUGCGUACGCAGCCCCCAGAACAUCGGUUUUCCAACUUUUAUUUCAGAACGCCCUCAGAAAAAGAAGAAUUUGAAGAACAGGGGUCUGCAAGGUUUACCUUGCCUGGACCGGUUCACUCCAGCAGAGGUCUCUCCUUGCACCGGUUCAUGAGCGUGCGUGCCCAUGAUUUCUGGCACCCUCAGAAAAAGAAGAAACUAAAGAAUAUCCUAAAUAGCAUAAAGAAGACAUAAAAAUUGGGAGACCAAG